CCUCCCUCUCCCAAAUUAGCUUAAUUAGGAAAUUAGCCUGUUAAUUACCAGAACUAUAAAAGCACUCUAAGUAACACUGGCAAAAAAAAAAGCAAGAUCUUGAAGAGGGUCUCUAUAGGAGCUGAAGGUUUAGCAGUGGUGGGAUUCUAUACCAUGCUGUCCACCAAGAGGCAUGGUACCAGCAUCCUGACCAUAAAGGACAUCCUGGAAAAUGGGUUUAUGGCUGGGGACUCCAGCCAGACCCAUUGUUCUCCUGUCUGCAGUUAUUACAUGGACAACAGCAGUGCCUCCAAACCAGACACCUGGGAGUUUCUCGUGGACUUUGACAAUGCAACAAAAGGCAGUUCCCCACAUGUUGUCAAGCAGCUGGAGUCUCUGAGCAGUUGUGUGAAGAUUGACCUGCACAGCCUGACCCAGAGCAUCUCCGACCACAGUCCUGUCUGCUUCUGCAAGACCCACCACAGCCAGGUCAUCUCUGACCUGUCUGGUUUUUCUUGUGAGCACUCCAGCAGAGCCAGCUGCCUGAUGGACAUGGCAUCGCAGAACACCUCCACGCCAUGCAAGAAAGAAAAGCGCCCCAAACAGCUGGAGAGCCUGUCCUCCAAGAGCAUUGAGCUCAUCGGUGACCUCUCAGCCCUUGGGAAGAUGCCAACACCCAGAUGGGAAAUCUCAGCAAUAAAAGCCCCCCUGGAUACCAGCCUGUCCCUUGAUGCGAGCACCGAGGAGUUACGGUUACUGAGAUGCUCCAAACCGGACACACCAUCCCUGGAGACCCCUGUAGUAGCUCCUCUGGCUUGGCCUGGAGCCUUCAAGAGGCACCCUGUGCUGCUCCACAGGUCUGCCAUCCCCGAGUCCCAGCUGAGUGACCCUGAGCCCGUCCCUGUGUUCCUCCAGCAGGCCCUGUGA